ACACUGACACACACACACACACACACACACAAAGGCUGUACCUGGUGAAGAAGAGUGGUGCGAACAGGAAGCAGCCAUAUGCAGACCGAGAGGAGUUCACAGACCGCAGGGCGAGCUUCGAGAGAGAGAGAGGGAGAGAAAAACAAAUCAGCUCUUUUUCAUUGACACCAACGUGAAGCAACAAGAUAUGUGCACGGCAACAGGAAGUGUCGGUGCGUGUGCGUCAGUAUCUCAGCAGCUCACCCCGUCGUCCUGGGGCUCCACAUACAGCUCAUCACCGAUCCUGGACAGCGAGAGGAUGGCUUUGGCCAGAACUGGACGUGUGUAAGUUUAAAGGAACACUGGCAUGCUCCGGUGAUCCUCCCAUCACACUGACGGAAAUGGCUGCUGGAGAAGACGAGUGACAACUGAAACCGUGGACAUUUAAAUGAAACCGAGACUUUCAGGGGACACAAGAGGACUGCUGCUGAAACACUUGAGGAUCAUGGAGGAGUGGGACCAGUGUGAGAGCGAAACAUCUCGGAGAGGAAGCACAAGCAGCAAGGAAAAAUAAACUUUUCUAUCCUAACUGAGGGAGUGAUGUGUUAUAAGAAAUGGACCUGUGUUGAUAUUUGCUAUGAGGAACUGUUCAGAGAGUAAUGGAAAAAGAUUGGAACAUGAUAAAAGAAAGAAAUAACCAUCACAGGAGUCUUGACAAAAGAAGUUGGACACAGGGUUGAUUUUAAUUUUUUUUAUUUUUUCUACAGUUUCUUCUGUCAUGGUCUUCAGUUUCUUUUUAAUCAUCACAAUACAUAACACUGUGAGGAAUCUAAUUCGUUGAAUAUAUUGUUAACUUAUUGUUGACAUGUUUUUCUGUGACUUUUGGAUUUGAAUCGCAACAAUAUCUGUUCCUAGAUGUCUCACUCACAUACUCCCACAGACACUCAGGGCAUGCUGCAGUCCAUGCUGCAGAGACUGAGGCUCCAGCCAGGAAGAGAGGGUCAGCCCCUCCUGCACAGCCCCGGGUCCAUCACAGCCGCCUCUAACCGCCCUUUCAAUGGCUUUGAGUUUGGUACCAAUGGAAUACCUUCAAAUGAGUUUGGAAUCUCUGCUAGGGGCGAGUUAGUCCUCAAAAGUGGGGACAUACAGCAAGCAAGUGAUGGCUGUGGAAUGGACAGGAGUCUUGUUUCCUUCCCCUCACAGAACGACAAUGUCGAUAAGGACACGGGCGAGAACAGGGUGUUGGGAGAGGCCACAUCACCUCGGAUCACCCCAGCAGGAACCGGGCGGUCGUUUCCUGCUAAAUCACUUAAAGGGGCUGAUAGCACUUCCUUUGAGAAGACUGAUAGGGAAAAGGGGACCUUUGGCAGUUCGGCUAUGACAGGGCAGGUCCCUGCUCUCACAAACUCAGGACAGAAUGCGAUCCAGGAUCUGGUAAAGGUUCAGGGUUUUGCACCUAAAGUCUACAUGUGGUCGUUGACGCCCACUGCGGCAAAUGUUGACACAGGAAGUCAAGAGAGUAAAGUGCUUCAUGUGGGAAAUGGAGAAUUUGGAGCUUCGGCGCAAAGUAAAGACAUUCACUUUGUCGCAAGUGGCCAAACGACAACGAACAGUAGCUCCAGACGAAAACAACGAUCGUCGGAGAGUAAGCCAAGGAGAUGGACGCAGAAGAUCAAGGAGAGAUGGAUGGACAGGCAGGGGAGUUCGGUCAAAAGGGAGAAAGAGGAUGGAGGGAGAGUUGACCAGAACACUCAGCAGGGAACUGAGAUUUCACCUCAGAAGCAGCCACUGCCAGCAGAACAUCUCAUCAUGACAUCACAUAAAGAGGAGGAGGGGACGCUGGUCUCAUUAGACGGCAGAGAAGCCCCUCCACCACACACAGACGACAGCUGUCUCGAGGAGCGAUUCAGGCCUUCUAGUGACUCUGAGUUUGGCCUGGGCUCAUUCAGCCUCCUGGAGGAGAUUGUCACAGGUCAAGAGUGGGCCAGGUUCCUGAACCCCAACCUGCCAGCUGCCUCAGCCAAUCAGAGACCAUCAGUGGAGCCGCCAAGCCAACUCAAACGCCCCCCGGAUUUCAGCAUGGCACAGAUAUCACCUGAUAGAUAUUACCAAUCUGUGAACAUGGAAGUUUCAGAGGGAAAACAGCAGCAGCACGUUUUAGUGGUUGAUCAGCCAGAACCAAUGGAGGAGUGGCUGCCUGGAGAGAGAGGGCGGGGGCAGCAGCCAAGACCUCAAUCAUUUGUCGAGCGUGCAGAUAUUCUGGACAACCCAUUACUGAAGAGAAUCCAGCUGAACAGAAAGAGACAUCAUCAUUCAGCUGCCAGGGACGCGAGGCUGCCCACUGAUGAAACAGCAUCUGCAUCUUCGCAGAGAGUGAUCAGCAGCCAUGUGAUGGAUGAAACUGCAGAGUCGCAGCAUGAUGUUCUCAUGCCUUUAAACCCCCUGAUGUCUCCUCCUGCCCCUCUCCCCCCAUUCAAACCCGUCGCCCCUGCACCUCGGGGUGUCCUCAAACACUCCAUGUUCCUUGAUUCAGAGCCCUCGAUGGAAAUAGUGACAAAAAGGCGGCGAGUCGAGGAGAACCGCAGGGUUCACUUUUCAGAGGAGGUGUUGACCAUAGACGCUCCGGAGCUGGAUUUGGAUGCUGAAGACUCGGAGGAUGAUUCUGGAGCAGAGGACGACUCUGUGAUCGAGCAGGAGUGUGAGGUGGAGCAGGUGGAGAUGGAGAAGGCGGAAGAAGCAGCAGCAGCAGCAGCAGCAGCAGCAGUGGCAGCAGUAGCAGCACGACGGUCUGUCCUCCCUGCCUGGAUACAGGCUCUAAAGAGGAGGAACACUGGGAGGAAGCACAGAUAGUAACAGACAGAGAAACUGUCUGAAACACAAGAGAGAUAGUCUCACACUCUUGCUUUUUUGUUACUUGUUUUGUAAAAUAUAUUAUUUUGGGAGCUCGGAGGCCAUGGACAUUCACAGCAUAGGGCUACAGUUACCAAAUACAAUUGAGCUGCCCUUCUAUUGUGGUUGCGUAAACAAUCUGAUUGAAAGAUAAUGCCUCGACCACUGGCUCCUCCAGCUACUUCCUUUUUUACUCACAUUUAUGUGAAAAAAAAGUGACAUUAUGACAAUUAACAAACCCAUGGACACACACACACCUUUUUUUUAUGCAUGAGGAAACAUUUUUUCUCUAUCAACAGACGAGCUGCAGUGGACUUUAUGAUCCAGUGUAUUAUAUCAUUUAUCCAUUCGAUGCAUUAUAAUGAUUCAUUUAUUACAUUAAACUUUGUGGCUAACUGCUGUGAAUUCCUCUGGGGCCUUCCUUCACUGUAUCCGCUCCCGUAAAUCACUGUCCGAACCAUUAAGAGGCUCUUCGGCUGAUCUAUUAGUGCCCUGGUCACAAUUUAUUGUGAAAUAAGAGGAGUAACAGAGAGAAGGGAGCGAGACUGAAAAAUAGGCAGAAGAUGACUAAAUAAAUGAGGACAGAGCCGCGGGAGUAAGAGAAUCGUAAUGUAGUUUUGGAUUGUUCACACAAAAAAGCAGGAUCACAUUAGUCCAUUAGUUCGUGUAGUAAGAUCUCCUAUUGUACGUCAUCACCCUAAAGUGGACUAAUAACGGUCCAUUUGUAAACCUCAAGCACCACACAUACUCAUACCACCGCAACAAAACACACAGACCCAUUCGUUCCACUGCCACAACACACACACACACACACACACACACACACACACACACACACACACACACACACACACACACACACACACACACACACACACACACACACACACACACACACACACACACACACACACACACACACACACACACACACAUACAUUCUUUACACCAUUACAGCCUUCAGUGUUUUUAUUUGUGCAGGAAGAAAACAAAGGAAAGGGAGUCGUUGUUUGUGUGAACAUGACUACAAAAAGAAAUAACCCCACAUUAUUGUCCUACGUGUUUUAUUUUCCGCAUUGUUUUUCAUAUCGAAUACAGCUAACUGAAAACAGAGGCAGGUAAAUUCAGCUUUAAUACAAGUUCGCUUAAUCAUGUUGUUACAAUUUAUUAAUGGAUAUUUACUGAAUAAUUAAACUGCUUAUAAUAAAAUGUUAUUUGUAUUACCAUAGGUUUCCAUCUGAUUUGAAUUCUUUUGUUUUGCUAAUUGGUUUGGUGCCUGUUACUCUUAUAGGCGACAAGUCCAUUGUUCCUUUUUCUUCUGACGCCGCUUCGAUGUUGUGAAAUUGUGAAGCUCCACGCAAAGCUGUUCUCCUUUCCCAGUUCCAUAAACUAAAUCUUGGCAGGAUCCCGACAUCCAGAAUAAAAAGCAUAACGAUUCUG